UAGCGUGGAGCUCCAGUCUGCAGCUAGACUACUUUGGGGUUUGUGUCACUCGUGCGUGCGCUGGCUGUCACCUCGUGUACUGUUGCGUUACCUCGGCGUGUGCUCCUGGUGCCUGCUGACAGCUUCACGUGGGGAUGGUGUGACUUCCUUAUUAUAUCCCUAUAAGGUCACGAUACCAUGGAGAAAACGCGCAACAUCUUGUUGGUUGGGGAAGGAAACUUUUCCUUCUCGCUGUCACUUUGCUGUUCCAGCCUUGAGACGCAUCACAUAACUGCCACAUGUUAUGAAUCAGAAGAUGUUAUUUCCAGACAACCGGAUGUCUGGGACAAUGUGCAGCAGUUACAAGGCCACGGAGCUGAUGUCUACUUUGGCGUAGAUGCGACUAAGCUAAAGGAACAUGCUUGUUCUGCUAAUAAACCUUAUGAUCGGGUUAUUUUCAAUUUCCCACAUUAUGGCAGGAAAGCAGGUGUGAAGAAGAACCGGAAUUUGUUAGCCGCAUUUUUUUGUAGCUGCACAGAUAUUCUGUCUCCAGAAGGUGAUAUCCAUGUAGCUUUGUGCCAGGGACAAGGAGGAACUCCUGCUGACCAGCCAAUCAGAGAGUGGCAUAACAGCUGGCAAGUGGUUGCUAUGGCAGCGAAGGCGGGAUUCAUCCUGAGUGCCGUGGUACCGUUUAAUAAUGUGCUAUACACGGGUUAUCAGUGCACUGGCUACAGAAGCCAGCAAAAGGCGUUCUUCACAGAAGGUGCGUUGAACCAUAUCUUCACAAGGAGUUUGCCAUUAGAAACUCUGACACCAUUGAAGGCCAUCUAUGCACUGACUGAGACAGAACCUUCCUUCUUGAUCCCCGAAGAGACUGACGGUUAUAUACAUAGGUGGUUGGCAAGAGAUGUGUGCCAUCCUGCCAGGAUUCUGAAUGAAGAGCUCCUUGCCUUUGUUGGAGAGAGUGUGCCAGUGAUCAGACUAGAAGAUACGUUCCCUCUUGUGUGUAGGACCAGCUGUGGCACAGCCAUUCCCUGGUGUUCGGUACCCUCAGCCUGUCUGUACUAUGUCAGGAGUAACAAGGAUGAAGCAUCUUCUAGAACGUCUUGCCCUGAAGAACCAAUGCAGAGAUGUUAUCUUUACAAUUGCAAGAUAAAGACGCACCAUGGUAUUCAUGAAGACUGCACAGGGCAGAGCUCCGUGACACAUUAUUUACGUCCUUCACUAACAUACCUCCUUGAUGAAAUCAUUCAUGGGCCAGACUUUGUACCAAGUUCUUUAUAUACUUUGAGUGGUCCUGUUUUCCGGAAGUGCUUAGUUUCGAGGAGUACCAUGCCAGUGUACCACGAGACCCUAAUACUAUGGGGUUAUCAGAGUAAUGUAAUAACAACAAAACUUCAGCUAAUUAUGGAUACUGUAACAAAAGCUGUGGAAUCUCUUAUGUUUAUUUAUGAACAAGCUAUUUUGGACAAAGAAAUGAACCAGAAGGUUAAUGCAAUGAAUUCUAAAUUAUCUUUUCACCAGGACCCUACUGAUGACCAGUACACCAUUAUCAUCUCAACAGCGUUUAGUAAUCAAGUUGUAGGGUCCAUAAAUAAGAUUGAGCCUCAGCAAAUAGACAUCAACUUUGGUCUUAUUUUUAUGACUCUCAACCUUGACUUAAUGUCAAUGUGUCUUCUAAACAUCCCAGACUGGCAAAUGUUGUGGACACUGGAUGAGCGAUUCAUACAACAGUACGACAAACGCCAACUCAAGUUGUUUCAAACCAUCUCUCUCUACCCACCAUGUUAUACCCAUGAUGUCAGCUUCUGGGUGGGAGAAGAUGAAGAAUUUGAUGAACUAGAGUUUCACAGUUUGGCAUUGAGGGUUUCUAAGGGCACAGUUACAAAUAUACAGCUGAAGGACAGAUUUGAAGACUCCCAGGUGGGUCGGAUCAGCCUGUGUUAUAGGCUCACGUACCAAUCAUGUGAUAGGGCCUUGAGUUACGAGGUGACAUCACAAAUGCAACUGCUGCUAAGGGAAGAGCUGCAAAAAUGUUUACAUGUAACAGUUAGGUAGAGAAUCUAUAGAAUAAUUAUGAAUGAUGUAGGGCAGUUUGAAUUAUAAACGUAGAAAGCUUAAGAAGGAGUUUCACAUAGAGAGGAGACAGAUGCUAAUAUAGUGAGUGAAUUUACAGGUAUAUUAAAGUCAUUUCGACUUUGUUUUAUCCAAAAAAAAGGUGGGGCUUUUUUAAAACUUUUUUUUAUAACUGAUUGUCCAAAAAAAUAAACAAAUGUGCUUGUGCAGCGUAUUUCUAUUCACCAAUAGGAUUGUGGGAGUGUUCCUUAUUAGCCUUUGAGUUUCUAUCGCAUGAACUAACCCUGUACUUCCUAUUAAUUUAAAGAUCAAAUAAACAGAUAUAACGUUUA